AUGCGGCUGACGCGGAAGCGCCUCUGCGCGUGGCUCCUCGCCCUGUACUGCCUCUUCUCCCUCUACGCCGCCUGCCGAGUCUUCUUUUUCGGGCGUCGCCUCCGGAAGGGGACGGGCCCGGCGCGGGUGCGGGAGAGGGAGCGGGAGAGGCGCCGAGAACAGUCUCCUUUGGAAAGUGAAGAGUGGAAUCCUUGGGAAGGAGAUGAAAAAGCUGAGCAACAUCACAGAUUGAAAACGAGCCUGCAAAUAUUAAGUAAAUCUUCAAAAGUGAAACCAGACCUCUCCCAUGUACAAAUCUGGGGCAAAGCUGCCAUUGGUUUGUAUCUCUGGGAGCAUAUUUUUGAAGGCUCACUUGAACCCACUGAUGUGACUGCUCAGUGGAGAGAAGGAAGUGCAGUUGUAGGAAGAAUACGUUACAGUUUCAUCACUGGUCCAGCUGUCACCCCUGGGUACUUCUCCAUAGAUGCUGAAAAUGUGGUUCUUGUUUUAAAUGGAAGAGAAAAGGCAAAGGUCUCUUAUGCCAUCCAGUGGUUAAUUUAUGUACAGAAUUUAAUGAAAACCCAAAAACUCCAGCAUCUUGCUGUUGUUUUGCUUGGAAAUGAACAUUGUCAUAAUGACUGGAUAAAUGAAUUCCUCACAAGAAAUGGAGGAUUUGUGGAGCUGCUAUUCUUAGUAUAUGACAGUCCAUGGAUUAAUAAUGUGGAUAUAUUUCAGUGGCCUUUAGGAGUAGCAACAUACAGAAAUUUUCCUAUGGUGGAGGCAAGUUGGCCAAUGUUGUAUAAUGAAAGGCCAUAUAUAUGUAAUUUCUUGGGAACUAUUUAUGAAAAUUCAUCCAGACAAGUUCUAAUGAACAUUUUGAAACAAUAUGGGGAUGCUCGGCUUUGCUGGAUUUCCUCAAGAGACCAAUGGCAGCCUCAGGAAACAAGUGAAAGCCUUAAGAAUUACCAAGAUGCUUUGCUUCAGAGUGAUCUCACAUUGUGCCCAGCAGGAGUAAACACAGAAUGCUAUCGAAUAUAUGAAGCUUGCUCCUUUGGUUCCAUUCCUGUGGUAGAAGAUGUCAUGACAGCUGGCAGCUGUGGAAAUGUUUCUGCCGAUCACAGUCCUUUGCAGUUGCUCAAAUCCAUGGGUGCUCCCUUUAUCUUUAUUAAGAACUGGAAAGAACUUCCUGCUAUUUUAGAAAAGGAGAAAACUCUGAUUUUACAAGAAAAGAUUCGAAGGAGGAAAAGAUUGCUUCAUUGGUAUCAACAAUUCAAAAAGGAGCUAAGAUUGAAAUUUACUGAGGCUUUAGAAAGUUCAUUUUUCAAGAACAAUAAAAAUUAAUUAUUAUUUAAUCUUA